CUGCGGCCGCCGGCGCUUGUUGUUCGGCGCGGCCGCAGUCGGCUCGCAGCCCCGGGGCGCCGGCCCUGCCGGUCCGCGCGGCCAUGGAGCUGGAGGUGCCGGACGAGGCGGAGAGCGCCGAGGCGGGGGCCGUGCCCGCGGAGGCGGCCUGGGCGGCGGAGAGCGGGGCGGCGGCAGGUUUGGCCCAGAAGAAGACGGCCCCAACGGAGGCCCCACUGAUGACCGGACAGCCAGGCCCCGGCCAUGGGAAGAAGCUGGGCCACCGGGGUGUGGACGCAUCCGGCGAGACCACCUAUAAGAAGACCACGUCUUCCACCCUGAAGGGGGCCAUCCAGCUGGGCAUCGGCUACACCGUGGGCAACCUGAGCUCCAAGCCGGAACGCGACGUGCUCAUGCAGGAUUUCUACGUGGUGGAGAGCAUCUUCUUCCCCAGUGAAGGCAGCAACCUCACGCCCGCCCACCACUUCCAGGACUUCAGGUUCAAGACCUAUGCGCCCGUCGCUUUCCGCUACUUCCGCGAGCUCUUCGGGAUCCGGCCGGACGACUAUCUGUACUCACUGUGCAACGAGCCCCUGAUCGAGCUGUCCAACCCCGGCGCCAGCGGCUCGCUCUUCUAUGUCACAAGCGACGACGAGUUCAUCAUCAAGACAGUGAUGCACAAGGAGGCCGAGUUCCUGCAGAAGCUGCUGCCCGGCUACUACAUGAACCUCAACCAGAACCCGCGGACGCUGUUGCCCAAGUUCUACGGGCUGUACUGCGUGCAGUCGGGCGGCAAGAACAUCCGCGUGGUGGUCAUGAACAACGUGCUGCCGCGCGUCGUCAAGAUGCACCUCAAGUUCGACCUCAAGGGCUCCACCUACAAGCGGCGCGCCAGCAAGAAGGAGAAGGAGAAGAGCAUCCCCACCUACAAGGACCUGGACUUCAUCCAGGACAUGCCCGAGGGGCUGCUGCUCGACGCCGACACCUUCUCCGCGCUCGUCAAGACGCUGCAGCGCGACUGCCUGGUGCUGGAGAGCUUCAAGAUCAUGGACUACAGCCUGCUGCUCGGCGUGCACAACAUCGACCAGCAGGAGCGCGAGCGGCAGGCCGAGGGCGCGCGGAGCCCCGCCGACGGGAAGCGGCCGCUGGGCCAGAAGGCGCUCUACUCCACGGCCAUGGAGUCCAUCCAGGGCGGCGCGGCGCGCGGCGAGGCCAUCGAGGCCGACGACACGAUGGGCGGGAUCCCCGCUGUGAACGGCCGCGGGGAGCGUCUGCUGCUGCACAUUGGCAUCAUUGACAUCCUGCAGUCCUACAGGUUCAUCAAGAAGCUGGAGCACACCUGGAAGGCCCUUGUUCACGACGGGGACACCGUCUCCGUGCACCGGCCCAGCUUCUACGCCGAGCGCUUCUUCAAGUUCAUGAGCAACACAGUCUUUCGGAAGAAUUCCUCCCUGAAGUCGUCGCCGUCCAGGAAGGGCCGCGGCGCCCUGCUGGCCGUCAAGCCUCCGGGGCCCACAGCGGCCUUCUCGGCCAGCCAGAUCCCCAGUGAGCGCGAGGACGCCCCAUACGACCUGCGGGGCGCCCGAAGCUACCCCACGCUGGAGGACGAAGGCCGGCCCGACCUCCUGCCCUGCACGCCGCCUUCUUUUGAGGAGGCCACCACCGCCUCCAUCGCCACGACCCUGUCGUCCACGUCCCUGUCCAUCCCGGAGCGGUCCCCCUCGGAGACAUCGGAGCAGCCUCGGUACAGGCGGCGCACACAGUCCUCGGGACAGGAUGGCCGACCCCAGGAGGAGGCGCACGCGGAGGAGGACCUGCAGCAGAUCACGGUGCAGGUGGAGCCCGCGUGCAGCGUGGAGAUCGUGGUCCCCAAGGAGGAGGAUGCGGGCGUGGAGGCUGGCCCAGCCUGCGCCUCUGCCGCCGUCGAAGCGGAGACCGCCAGCCAGGCCUCGGAGCCCGCCAGCCAGGCCUCGGACGAGGAGGACGCGCCCGCCACGGACAUCUACUUCUUCAGCGAUGGGAGGUACUGGAUUUACUCUCCGCGGCGUCGCCGUCUGCGGGCCGUGACGCUGAGCUCCUCGGGGACUCCCACCGACGAGAGGAGCUGGGUGUACUCCCCGCUCCACUAUAGCGCCCCGGCCCGCCCGGCCUCCGACGGCGAGAGCGACACAUAACUUCCGUGCAGCCGCCCACCAGAGCCGAGCGCCCGCUGCUGCCCUGGCCGUUCAGAGGCGCCGCCUGCCCAGCCCCCGCCGCCCAGCCCCGCGGGACCUCGGCCCCCCGCGCCCUCCCCCGACGGCGGCCUGGCACUCCACUGCAGGGCGACCGGGCGAGCGCCCCGGCCAGCAACUCCCUGCGCCUGUGAUACUGUGACCCCUGAGCUCCCGGUUCUAUUUAUUCUGGGCCCUUCCUCUCCGCACAGAUGCAGCACACGUGUGUUUUUUUUUCUAAAAAAGAAAAAAAAAGAAAAAAAAACCCAGCAGAAAAACGAGGAAUCCAUUCCACUGCACUUUUGGGUCUUCGCUGUGCUUGCAUGUGUCCCGCGAGGGAACGGGCCCGUUGGCGUGGGGACCUGCGCCUGGCGGCCUGGCCGCCCUGGCUGAGUCCGUGCUCCUACUCUCGGCCGGCCCGGUCCCCUCUCUCCAUCUUGGACAGAGCGCCUCGGAGGGAAGGGCCACCAAGUCCCCGCUGGUGCCAGGCCCACCGCGCACGGCAGGCGCUCUCGCUCAGGCGUGCAGCCGGGCGCCGGACAUCCGUCCUUGGGGAUGGCUGACCAGUGGCCUGAGGACAGCCCUCCACCCUUCCCGCCACCCUCACCUCCCACGUGACCUGUGAGCAGGGAUCCCAGGAGGCGACUGGAAUCGCCAGGUGGACGCCCGGCCGCCCCCUCUCGGUGGAGCUGGAGGCUGUGGACUUCUUUCUCCUGCCAGCGUGGCCCUCUCGGGAUCCAGAAGACAGGGCCCAAGGGACAGAGGUGGCAGCUGGCCCUCAGCUCGGGACACGCGGCUUCCAGAGCACUCGUGUCCUGGAGCCUGACCCCCUCGGCCAGGCCACCCGGCCCCAAGGGCCAGAUCCCUCACCAGUAGGCGCUCGCCCCAGGACCAGGUGGACGUCCUCUCUUUAUUAAGCGAUGGCAAUGCCUAUGCUGAUUGAAGGAUAGGAAAAGAAAUGCCUCAUGAAAACCUUUUUUUUUUUUGGUUUGGCAUCUUCAGCAAGGACAGCGCCACUGGGCCCAGAGACCCGCGGGGUGGCCACCAGGGGACCCCGCCCUGUGUCCCACACAGCUCUGCAGAGCCUCCCGCCCCCACGCCUUCCUGAGGGGUGACAUGUCGGGAUGGUGCUCCCUGCCCACUUGGCGCACGUGGGAGGAGCUGGGAGCCGGCUCGGAGCGGAAGCCGCACCUUCUGGAAGAAUUUCUCCCCAGCCCUCGUCUCCCUGAUGGAGCCUGAGACAGCUGGAGGAGACGCCGAGCCAGGAAUUCGAUUUCUCGAGUGCGUUGCAGGCCCUGCCACUCCGUCCUGCCGUGUGGGUGCCUCCUCAUCUCCCCUCGUGCAGCCGGCUCCGUGCGCCCGGAGGGAACCUGGUGGCCUGGCUGUGCCCAGGACCCUCCCCGUGCUGUCGGCAGGGGCGGCACCCCGGCGCUGAGCGGGGCCCUGGGGACCCUCAGGGGACCCAUCAAAGCAAGCCUGCAGGUGUCCCGGCUGGAAACAAAGCGACAUCCUCUUCCUCCUGCCUGGGGAGCCUUUGUCCGGACCGGGGGCGUCCUGCCUGGAUUUCAGACAGCGCCAGGCCACAUGCCAUGCAUCGCCAGUCCAUCCCUGUCCCGCUGCCCACUGACAGGGAGCCAGGCUAAGCGGGCAGAGGUCUGAAGGCACAUGAAUCUGGCAGACUAACGGGGAUGGCUGUGUCACCACAAGCGGACAUUGGAGUCCCCACCCAGGGGCCGGGCGCCCGAGACAUCGUGAGCCCGUGGGGAUGACCGGAGCAGCGGGCACACUCCGGAGCGGAAGGCCCCGCGUCCAGGGCGUGCUCAGCCACCCAGAGCUCGAGGAGCGAGGAGGGGAGCCGCCCUGUGGCCAUCAGGCCCGCUGUCCGUGCCAGGCCCCUCGGGCUUUCCCAAGCAAAUCACAGAACUAGCCCGAACUAGCACGCCGGCCGGAUGCUGGCUUGUGGGAGAGCUUCGCAGACCUCCUGGAGGUCGUGACGUUCCUCUUUCUGUGUUAAGUCAUGAGGAGGCCGUUGGAGACCUGUUUGUGUUGGCUGCAUCCCUCGGCCCCUUUCAGAAAACUGUUACACGGAUGCUCAGCUGUCCGCAGGCUGUGCUGACCGGGGGCGCUGGCCUGGUCUUCUGGGGUGGGAGCGGGAAGGCAAGACCCUAUUUAUAAUGUGUAGUGAACUCCUGGCCUUCCGCAGACCCCCGGCGGGGAUGGCCCUGGACCCACCCAGCUGUCACCCCCCCCCCCACUGGACACCCCAUUCCCUCCUGGCUCGUCCCCCAUGGCUGCUGUUGCGGGGCAGCUGGGCAGCGUCUGACCGCUGUACCACGAAGACAGGAGGCGUUUUCUGAGACUGACAAAGUGGAACCUUCCGUUGUCCCCUGCCAGCCUGUGUCCUCUGCCUCCUCUCGUCCCCGUCUCUCCACCACCUGGCUCAGUGCAAUAUUCCCGUCCCCCGGGGGGCGGGGGGCGGUCCCUUGCCAUGGUCCUGUUGCCACAGCCCCUUGGUCCCCACCCAGAAUGAAUGAGCGCCCUCUGGUGGUCCAGUUGCAUCGCCUGUCCCCCGUCCCCCAUCUCCCCCCACCCCCCAAUCUCGUUUUUAUGGCCGAACUGAUUUCGAAACACAACAAAACCUGCAAACCUUGUGUGUCUUAAUUCUCACCGGGGGUCCGUGUGCUCAGCCCCCGUGGUCUGGUGUGUGACAAUCGGGAGCGCGGCCUCCUCGGGCACAGGAUGCCGUCUCGCUCAAACCCAGAGCCCUGGGCCCCUCUGUAACCAUGCAGCCUCUGCUGGCCCCGAGUAACACUCGUAUGCAGCCCCGGACCCCAUCCCCGCCGCCCCUCCCUCUUUUUACGUUCAAGAGAUCUCUAAUAAACCGGAUAAUAAGCAUCA